CAAACGCCGGUGCUACUGCAGCCUCAUGGAUAUCAUUACAAGGUCAAAUUGAUGCAUUAUGGACUUUUAUUGGUGCAAGAGAUGGUAUUCAAACAGUCACUGCAGCUUUAG